UGGAAGGGACGCAGUCUGUCCUCACCGGGAAUCCUCUUCGCCUCCGCGCGGUGAUUGGGUGGAAGAUGGCGCUGGGCGAAUGGAAAUCCUAAUGACAGUUUCCAAAUUUGCCUCUUUUUGUACCAUGGGCGCCAAUGCCUCCGCUUUGGAGAAAGAGAUCGGCUCGGAGCAGUUCCCUGUUAAUGAGCAUUACUUUGGAUUGGUCAAUUUUGGAAACACCUGCUACUGUAACUCUGUGCUCCAGGCACUGUACUUCUGCAGGCCAUUCCGGGAGAAGAUCCUGGCGUACAGGAGCCAGCCACGCCGCAAGGAGAACCUGCUCACCUGCCUGGCUGACCUCUUUCACAGUAUAGCUAACCAGAAGAGGAAAGUUGGGGUGAUUCCUCCUAAAAAGUUCAUCACAAGAUUGCGGAAAGAGAAUGAACUGUUUGAUAACUACAUGCAGCAAGAUGCACAUGAGUUCCUAAACUACCUGCUCAACACUAUAGCAGACCUUUUACAAGAAGAGCGGAAGCAAGACAAACAGAAUGGCAAACUGGCCAAUGGCACACUUGAUUCACAGAACAAUAACAGUACCCCGCCCUCCUCCACCUGGGUUCACGAGAUCUUCCAGGGCACAUUGACCAAUGAGACACGAUGCCUCACCUGUGAGACGAUAAGCAGUAAAGAUGAGGAUUUCUUGGAUUUGUCAGUGGAUGUUGAACAGAACACUUCAAUCACACACUGUCUCAGAGGUUUCAGUAAUACAGAGACCUUGUGCAGUGAAUAUAAAUAUUACUGCGAGGAAUGCAGAAGUAAACAGGAGGCACACAAACGAAUGCGGGUUAAGAAACUUCCCAUGAUCCUUGCCUUGCACUUGAAGAGAUUUAAAUACAUGGAGCAGCUGCAGCGCUACACUAAGCUAAGCUACCGCGUGGUCUUCCCUCUGGAGCUUCGCCUCUUUAACACAUCUGGAGAUGCCACCAAUCCAGAGAGGCUGUACGACCUGGUCGCUGUAGUGGUGCAUUGUGGCAGCGGUCCAAACAGAGGACACUACAUCGCUAUUGUAAAGAGUCAUGAUUUCUGGCUGCUGUUUGAUGAUGACAUCGUAGAGAAAAUUGAUGCCCAGGCAAUUGAGGAGUUCUAUGGCUUAACCUCUGAAAUUUCCAAGAACUCAGAGUCCGGGUACAUCUUGUUUUACCAGUCUAGAGACUGAGAGAGGCCAGAGGGGCUUCCCCUUAUGGACACCAGUGCAA